AAACUGUAUUUCAAAAAUAGAGAAAUAUAUGACUAUCGUUAAUAUGAAUUAAAAAAAGAAUAUAUAUAUUUAUUAUAAGACAGAAUUUAUGAAUACAUAGUUUAAAAAAUAGAUAAUUCAGCCUAUAAAUAGUUAUUUAACGUUUAGGAUUUAUGCCCGCUGCUUUCGGUUUCUAGCCACAGGACCCCGGAAAGCACGCUGCAGUGUUUACAGUUGCAUGCUGCACUGUUAGGAUUGAAGAUAAUUUACUUUAGAAUUAGCAGCAAAGAGUUCCAAGGGCACCCAUGGCGUCCGCGAUGGUAGUUCCAGUCAUCGAUGUUCAGAAUGAUAAUUUUAAAGAGCUGUGGCCUGCUAUGGUGCUUGCCAUCAAAACAUCUUCCUUCAUCGCCAUCGAUACAGAGCUGAGUGGUCUCGGAAAUAGAAAAGCACUGCUGGCCGAAAGCAUCGAGGACCGCUACAAGGCCAUAUGUCACGCGGCCCGCUCUCGAUCCAUCCUCUCCCUGGGUAUCGCCUGCUACAAGAAGCUCGACGGCAAGCCCGCAGACUCGUACCUGGUGCAGGUGUACAACCUGACGCUGCUCUGCUCGGAGGAGUACAUGAUCGAACCCCAGUCGGUCCGCUUCCUCGUGCAGCACGGCUUCGACUUCAACAAGCAGUACGCCCAGGGAGUCCCCUACUGCAAGGGCAACAACAAGGGCGGGGCAGACAACCACGGGGUCAGCGUGAGGUCGUUGUUUACUGAGCUGCUCCGAGCCAGGAGACCCCUGGUGCUCCACAAUGGACUCAUAGACAUGGCCUUCCUCUACCAGUGCUUCUACUCCCACCUCCCCGAGCGUCUCACCACCUUCACGGCUGACCUGUCUGAGAUGUUCCCCGCCGGCAUCUACGACACCAAAUACGCCUCAGAGUUUGAGCUGCGCCAAACCGCCUCCUACCUGGAGUACGCCUACAAGAAGUGUAAACUGGACAACAGCCGGGGUGUGGAGGCUGGGGGCCCGGGGCCCCAUCUGCUGAUAGAGUUCUGUCAUUACGGCGGCCACAUGUCCAGCUAUGUGGACUACAGAGUGUGUCCUGCCGUGGCCCCGUCCCCCGGACAGCAGGAGGUCUGCCAGCGCUUCUCUGCGUUCGGCUGGUGCCCCGCCGGGAGCGAAUGCACCUCCUCCCACGACACGGACCUGAUCAUCCUGCAGGACGAGAAGCUGGGGAUGGACAAGAAGUCCAAGAGGAAGAGGAAGAGGGACAGGAGGGACAAGAGGAAGGGAGGAGCAGAAGGAGGAGGUGCAGAGGAGGAGCGAAAGGAGGAGCAGGAGGAGGACGAGGACGAGGAGCUGAGGGCGAGCAAGAUCGCCCACUUGGAACUGGACCCGGCCGACAGACCCUCUCAGGACGGGUCCAUCGGGGACCCGGUAGCACGCACGGAGCCCCCUCCUGCGGAACUCACCGGAAACGGCUCGUGUAAGCUCCCUGACGACAUCACAGACAAGGCCACGCCCGCCGUCGCCGAGCUGAAGAAAGAGAGUGUUACCGACGAUGAGGCGAAGGCGGCGGCGGCGGCGGAGGCCAGCAGGAAGAGACUGGAGGGGGGCACGCACCGCGCCGGGUUCGACGCCUUCAUGACGGCCUACAUCUUCGCCUACGCCUGCGCCCUGGACGCCAGAGAGGACGGGAAGAAGAAGACGGAGGAGGAGAAGGACCGGGUUCUGCCCACCUGCUACAACAAAGUGUAUCUGAGCGGGAAGGCCGCGCCCCUCCACAUCGUGAAGAGCUCCUUCUCCAAGUCGUCCAAGGCCCACACCCUGAAGAUGGAGCUGGUGUGGGGCAAGAGCCUGGCCAGCACCCUGCUGGAGGCCGGGCCGCAGCAGCAGAAGGACGGGGAGUAGCUGUGGGUCACACCAGAGACGGCUUGGGUUGAGAGGAGCCUUUCUGCUUCAGCGGGGAGGAUGGUAGGGUCAACACAGAUGUGUUGAUCAUAUAAAUGAAUGGGAUUUAGGACCAAUCCCAUUUCUACCCCUUCCCCCUCCCCCUUGUUUUGAAGGGGUAAGGGGUAAGGGGUAAGGGGUAGAAAUGGGAUUGGACCUUAAUGUUUGGUCUGUUCAUUUAGGGGUCUGCUCCUUUGUUCUCUUGGGAGUGAUGCACCGGUCGACGGUAGCAGAACCUGUACAGGGCGUUUUGUAUCAAAGUCUUUGCUACGAGAAUCUAAAAGCCGAUUAGAACCGCUACACAAUUCUUUCCAGUCUGAUUUUUUUGUGUUUGAAAUCUCCAAUGUUUUGUAUCUUAAUAUUUAGUGCGGCAACUUCAUAUUGCCGUUUCCUGUUAUUUUAUUUAGGAGAGAGUAAUUACAUUAUUACAGAUUUUCUCUGCAUCAGGUUUAUCAUUUCAGAGAACAUUCUUUACAUGCUAAGCCUUUUUUAAUGUCAACAGGAAACAUCACGAUAUAAAUGUUAUUCAACCUCA